AAAUUGCAGGUAGGCUACAACAAACCGCGAUUCACGUUUCGUGUGGAAUCUGCUUUUAGUAAUCACAAGCUAGACGAUUAGCUGACAGCUAGCGGAGUGAAACAAGUGGAGGUGAAGAUGAGGAAAAACAAAGGGAAAACCAAUACAAUAGAAAAGGAGUUCAUGUUUGAGUUUAAGGCAGGAAAACAUCACUGUGUCCUCAAAGUACCACUUCACUUCCCUCUCAAAGAAAAUGUCAAUGAUCUUCAUGGACGGAUCAUGCUGCUUCAUAAAAUUCCCUGUUUUGUAGAAAAUGACUUGAAAAAAAGCCUGGUCAGUUUCAUAGAGAGGGAAACGUUAGUGGAUUAUGACCGGGAUGCGGAAGCAGCCCUGCAGAGACUCACAAAUGGAGAUGUCGACAUUAACAAACUUACAAAUUCAUGGGCCAAGGCCUAUUCGGAGACUACACUGGAACACGCUCGUCCCGAAGAAGCCAACUGGGACGAGGAUUUCGCGAGCGUUUAUCAUGAACUGAUCCACUCCCCAGCCUCAGAGACUCUUCUCAACCUGGAGCACAGUUACUUUGUCAGUGUUUCUGAGCUCAUCAGCGAGAGAGACAUGGAGCUCAAGAAACUCCAGGAGAGACAGGCUGUUGAGAUGGACAAAGUGAUGCAGGAGCUGGGAAAGACCUUGUGUGACCAGGAUGUGAAUACUGUCGCUGCCCAACACUUUGAUGCACAACAGGUGCUGGAGAACAAGUGGGCCAGUGAACUGAAGCAAGUCACGGGAAUCCAGAAACAAGAGUAUCAGGAAUGGGUGAUGAAGCUUCACCGGGACCUGCAGAACCCCAACAACAGCACUAUAAACGAGGAGAUCAAGGUGCAGCCCGGUCAGCUGGGGGAGGCAGGGGAAGCGGGGGCCCGGCUCUUCGAGGAGCAGCGACAGCUGGAGGAGAGCUUCACCAUCCACUUAGGGGCUCAGCUGAAGACCAUGCACAAUCUACGUCUGUUGCGAUCUGAUGUGCUGGACUUUUGUAAGCACCGUCGUCACAGCAGCAGCGGGGUGAAGUUACGGCGCCUGCAGACCGCCCUCUCGCUGUACUCCACAUCGCUUUGUGGCCUGGUGCUGCUGGUCGACAACAGAGUCAACUCGUACAGUGGCAUCAAGAGAGACUUUUCGACCGUGUCUCAGGAGUGCACAGACUUCCACUUCCCCAGAGUGGACGAGCAGCUGGACAUCAUCCAGCAGGUGGUGCUGUACGCUCGAGCUCAGCGCAGCAGCAAGCAGAGAGAGCAGCCCGAGAUACCAAGAAACGGAGGAAGUGAAGACAAAAACAAGAUAAUUGACAGAAAUUCCUCCAAUAUCCUCCCAGGUGAAUUCUACAUCACACGCCAUUCAAACCUGUCCGAGGUUCAUAUUGUGUUCCACCUCUGUGUGGAUGAUAAUGUGCGUUCGGGAAACAUCACAGCGCGGGAUCCAGCCAUCAUGGGCCUGAGGAACAUCCUGAAGGUCUGCUGCACCCAUGACGUCACCACCAUCACCAUCCCGCUGCUGCUGGUGCAUGACAUGUCAGAGGAGAUGACCAUUCCCUGGUGUCUGAAGCGAGCUGAGCUGGUCUUCAAGUGUGUGAAAGGUUUUAUGAUGGAAAUGGCCUCUUGGGAUGGAGGAAUCUCACGGACUGUCCAGUUCCUUGUUCCACAGAGUAUCUCAGAGGAGAUGUUCUACCAGCUGAGCAACAUGCUGCCUCAGAUCUUCAGAGUCUCCUCGACGCUCACGCUAACGUCAAAACGCUAAAAAGCCGCACGCAGACACAUCAGCCCCUGUAGCUGGCAAUAUGGACGACAUCUUGUCACUUUAGGUUCUUAAUUUUCAGAGAAGUACAAACCGUAAGCUGUUUUGAUAUGCACUGUCAUGCGAUCCUGUCACAGGGGGCUUAGCGACAUGUCCUGAUUAUUUCAGUCUCGAAUUUUCACCGGAAUUCACUGAUUUACUUCAAAAGAACGCAUUAAAAGCGAAAGGGAAGUGUUGAGAGUUUUAGCUCUUGUCGUACUGCGAGUGCUGCUUACCUAACGCUGCAUGGGGAACAGGUAAUGCCAAGACAAGCUGUGUGUUUAUGCUGCAUUGCAGUCAACCACCUUUGGCCCCUCGUGUCACCCUUCCUCUCCACAAACACCAGAUGGCGCUGUAUUCGGUUGCUUUCACAUGUAACCCAAGCUGCUGAUUCCAAAUGUCAAAUGAAACCAACCUUCCAAGCUUUCUAAGUGAUUUACCAUGUGUUUGUAUAUUAGGUGCCAGUUGUAAACCAUGGCAUGUGUGCAGUUAUAUUUGAACUGUGUAAUCUUUGGAAAGUGGGGCGUUUGAAAACAGUAUCAACUUUUUUUUUUGUAAAUCUAACCUUAAAUAGGCUUAUUAACCAGGCUGGUGGAAAAAACAUUUUACCGUUUAUUUCUUUAAGCCUUCACAAAGAAAAUCUACAUAUUAAAUCCUGUCUGUUAAGCGUUUCCUCCUAAUGAAGAUAUUAGCAUACAAAGUAGCAAAGUAGGGCUAAUCUGAGGGUUAAUCUGAGCAUUUGCAUUUAUGUUAACCUUUUGUCUGAUGCUACUGAUAUGCUAAUUACAUGUUCAUUGUAAAAAGCUUUGUAAAUAUAUUAGACUUUAGCGAAUUAACUCACAGUUUCUCUGUUUGAUAAUAAAUUGAUUAGUUUACUGCA